AUGUUCUCCCCCUACCAGGUGGUGUUGCCCGGGCCCAUAGAUGAGGAGGAGCUGGACGGAGUGUUUGCUGUGUCCCGGGUGUCCCUGAGGGAGGGAGGAGGCCUGCAGCACACUGAGGUCUGGGCAGUGCUCCGUGGAGGUCAGGUCCUCGUCUAUCCUACUGACCAGCAGCGUCACCGAGAGAGGCUAACACUCAACCUUGAGACUCAAUACAGUGAGUCACACCUCCCCACAUCUCAUUGUCUGCAUGUUUACAAAACAUGAUGUUUCUCUACAUGCCUUAGGCAGAGGAGCAGAAGUUUCAUGAUAAGGUAAUAUGACAGUGUUCUUUUCUGCCCACAGAGAUAGAUUCCUCUGAGAACACCAUAGAGCUGGUCACUGGAGAGAGGUCAGUACAACAGGAACACUUUGUUAUAACAAGUUACAUUCCCUCGUACUUGAUGUCAAAGUACUAGGCCUCCCGAGUGGCGCAGUGGUCUAAGGUACUACAUCGCAGUGCUAGCUGUGCCACUAGAGAUCCUGGUUUGAAUCCAGGCUCUGUCGUAGCCGGCCGCGACCGGGAGACCCAUGGGGUGGCGCAUAAUUGGCCCAGCGUCGUCCAGGGUAGGGGAGGGAAUGGCCGGCAGGGAUGUAGCUCAGUUGGUAGAGCAUGGUGUUUGCAACGCCAGGGUUGUGGGUUCAAUUCCCACAGGGGGGGCCAGUAUGAAAAAUAAAAUAAUGUAUGCACUCACUAACUGUAAGUCGCUCUGGAUAAGAGCGUCUGCUAAAUGACUAAAAAUGUUUGUUUUUUUAAAUGUCAUAGCAACGGUUCCCAAAACGUAUUUCAGCAUAUGUCGUUCAAAGGAUGGUGUCCAAUGAAUCUAUCGCUUGCUCUCUUCUUCCUGCUAGAACCAUGUCCAUGCAGUUUGAACGAGACCACAGCUGUCAGUCCUGGCACACCCUACUGAAACAGGCAGUAACCACAAAGAGGAAGCAGCGCCCAUCACUGUACGAGCUGCCCCCCAACAGCAGUGGCAAUGUGCCCCCUGCCAUUGAGAGGUGUAUCUCACACAUCACACAAUAUGGUGAGUGCCAGCUACAAGCCAUUUGAGACUGGAACAAGUGUUGUAGUGAUCUGGAUAACCAUUGUCCGGCAGGAACAUGAAUUCUCACAAUUGUACAACUGGUUCAUCUGCUCUGCUCCUCUCCUGUCUCCCUCCCAGGCCUGAAGGUGGAUGGGCUGUACCGGCGCUGUGGCUUGGCCACUAAGGUCAGCAGUCUGGUGGAAGCCCUCAGCAGAUCACCUAAAACUGCCCCUCUGGAGAAAGGUGAACAGGGUCUCCUGGACGCUGCAUGUGCCCUGAAGCAGUAUGUCCGCCAGCAGGUGGUGCUGAUCCCUCAGACACAAAGGGAACUGUGGGUCGAGGCUGCAGGUACUGUCCUUAGCAUCUUAAACAAACCCGGGGAAAAUCUAUUUCCUUGAUUCCUCGCGUCCUCUCUUCUCACCUUUUUCCCUCCCCUCUGACCUUCUCAUUCAUAUUUAAUAUUUUGCAUAAUAUUUAUUUUCUUAAUUUUGUUAUAUAUACAGUGGGGGAAAAAAGUAUUUAGUCAGCCACCAAUUGUGCAAGUUCUCCCACUUAAAAAGAUGAGAGAGGCUUGUAAUUUUCAUCAUAGGUACACGUCAACUAUGACAGACAAAAUGAGGAGAAAAAAAAUCCAGAAAAUCACAUUGUAGGAUUUUUAAUGAAUUUAUUUGCAAAUUAUGGUGGAAAAUAAGUAUUUGGUCAAUAACAAAAGUUUCUCAAUACUUUGUUAUAUACCCUUUGUUGGCAAUGACACAGGUCAAACGUUUUCUGUAAGUCUUCACAAGGUUUUCACACACUGUUGCUGGUAUUUUGGGCCCAUUCCUCCAUGCAGAUCUCCUCUAGAGCAGUGAUGUUUUGGGGCUGUCGCUGGGCAACACAGACUUUCAACUCCCUCCAAAGAUUUUCUAUGGGGUUGAGAUCUGGAGACUGGCUAGGCCACUCCAGGACCUUGAAAUGCUUCUUACGAAGCCACUCCUUUGUUGCCCGGGCGGUGUGUUUGGGAUCAUUGUCAUGCUGAAAGACCCAGCCACGUUUCAUCUUCAAUGCCCUUGCUGAUGGAAGGAGGUUUUCACUCAAAAUCUCACGAUACAUGGCCCCAUUCAUUCUUUCCUUUACACGGAUCAGUCGUCCUGGUCCCUUUGCAGAAAAACAGCCCCAAAGCAUGAUGUUUCCACCCCCAUGCUUCACAGUAGGUAUGGUGUUCUUUGGAUGCAACUCAGCAUUCUUUGUCCUCCAAACACGACGAGUUUAGUUUAUACCAAAAAGUUCUAUUUUGGUUAUAUCUGACCAUAUGACAUUCUCCCAACCCUCUUCUGGAUCAUCCAAAUGCACUCUAGCAAACUUCAGACGGGCCUGGACAUGUACUGGCUUAAGCAGGGGGACACGUCUGGCACUGCAGGAUUUGAGUCCCUGGCGGCGUAGUGUGUUACUGAUGGUAGGCUUUGUUACUUUGGUCCCAGCUCUCUGCAGGUCAUUCACUUGGUCCCCCCGUGUGGUUCUGGGAUUUUUGCUCACCGUUCUUGUGAUCAUUUUGACCCCACGGGGUGAGAUCUUGCGUGGAGCCCCAGAUCGAGGGAGAUUAUCAGUGGUCUUGUAUGUCUUCCAUAUCCUAAUAAUUGCUCCCACAGUUGAUUUCUUCAAACCAAGCUGCUUACCUAUUGCAUAUUCAGUCUUCCUAGACUGGUGCAGGUCUACAAUUUUGUUUCUGGUGUCCUUUGACAGCUCUUUGGUCUUGGCCAUAGUGGAGUUUGGAGUGUGACUGUUUGAGGUUGUGGACAGGUGUCUUUUAUACUGAUAACAAGUUCAAACAGGUGCCAUUAAUACAGGUAACGAGUGGAGGACAGAGGUGCCUCUUAAAGAAGAUGUUACAGGUCUGUGAGAGCCAUAAAUCUUGCUUGUUUGUAGGUGACCAAAUACUUAUUUUCCACCAUAAUUUGCAAAUAAAUUCAUUAAAAAUCCUACAAUGUGAUUUUCUGGAGAAAAAAAUUCAAUUUGUCUGUCAUAGUUGACGUGUACCUAUGAUGAAAAUUACAGGCCUCUCUCAUCUUUUUAAGUGGGAGAACUUGCACAAUUGGUGGCUGACUAAAUACUUUUUUUCCCCACUGUAUAUAUUUUUUACCAGUUACAAACAUAAGAACAACAACUUACAGACGCACACAAACAAUGACUACAUCUCAUCUGCCCAGAUCCACAUGCUCACACCCCCAUACCUAGUACCUGCAUUAUUGUUUGCCACCAGUGGAGGCUCCUCAGAGGAGGAAGGGGAGGACCAUCUUCCUCAGUGAAUUUCAUAAUAAUAAAAAUAGUGAAACAUUAAAAAGUUAUCAUUUUUAGAUAAAACUAUACUAAAUAUAUUCACGUCACCAAAUAAUUCAUUAAAACACACUGUUUUGCAAUGAUGGUCUACAGUAGCCUCAACAGCACUCAACAGCACUCCACAAGCAAAUGUAAUCCAUUUUAGAAUAAGGCUGUAAUGUAACAAAAUGUGGAAAAGGUCAAGGGGUCUGAAUACUUUCUGAAUGCACUGUAGGUAGGUAAGUUAACUAGCUAUCAUGGCCAGAUUACAUGGCAAGUUUUUUUUUUUUUUUUAUGUAAUAUUUGAGUCACUCAGACAUAUGAACACGCAACAUAAAACAUGGCAAAAUGUGUAGAAUUGCAGGAAAUUAGCUUUUAAACUGCAAAAUGUUCUCUCCACUCCAAGGCAAAACAUUUAGAAUUUCAGGAAAUUAGCUGUAAAACUGCAAUAUUUUCUCUCCGCCAACAAGAGGAGUGUGAACAGUUUGGGGUCGCGAGGUAGGGGUUUGUUACUAUGCCGAUUAAAUUACAAUAUCCAUCCAGAUCUUUGCCACCUAGGAAAUUUGUGUGACCGGACCUUCUCAAAUAGUAUUGGAGUAGCACUGAUCUAGAUGAACAAACCCUGCUACAAGUGGUUCAAUACAAGCUGUACUUUGAGUAAUGGGGUUCUCAUUCAUUGCCUUUGUCACCAUAGCCCACACGGAAGAGACCCUUAGGCUGGCUGCCUACCGCAGACUACUGAAGAAGCUGCCUCCUGACAACAGAAUCACACUCAACGCCCUCUGUGGACACUUCUACAUGUAAGAACAACACACGAUCAAUGAUUGUAAGAAUUAACAGGGCAACAAAAUGAACCUGCAUGACUAAUGCUCAUCGUUGUCAACCCCUUCUAGAGUUCAGCUGUACAGUGUAGAGAACCGUAUGACAGCUCAGAACCUGGCGCUGGUGUUUGUCCCCACACUGUUCCAGGAGCUGGCCAUGAACACAGACAUGGUGCGCCUCACCAGAGAACUCAUCAUACACCACACAUUCAUCUUCCUGGUAAGACGCUAAACUUAAUCUCUUCUGUUGGGUCAUCGAACAUACAGUGAGGGAAAAAAGUAUUUGAUCCCCUGCUGAUUUUGUACGUUUGCCCACUGACAAAGAAAUGAUCAGUCUAUAAUUUUAAUGGUAGGUUUAUUUGAACAGAGAGAGACAGAAUAACAACAACAAAAAAUCCAGAAAAACGCAUGUCAAAAAUGUUAUAAAUUGAUUCGCAUUUUAAUGAGAGAAAUAAGUAUUUGACCCCCUCUCAUUCAGAAAGAUUUCUGGCUCCCAGGUGUCUUUUAUACAGGUAACGAGCUGAGAUUAGGAGCACACUCUUAAAGGGAGUGCUCCUAAUCUCAGCUUGUUACCUGUAUAAAAGACACCUGUCCACAGAAGCAAUCAAUCAAUCAGAUUCCAAACUCUCCACCAUGGCCAAGACCAAAGAGCUCUCCAAGGAUGUCAGGGACAAGAUUGUAGACCUACACAAGGCUGGAAUGGGCUACAAGACCAUCGCCAAGCAGCUUGGUGAGAAGGUGACAACAGUUGGUGCGAUUAUUGGCAAAUGGAAGAAACACAAAAUAACUGUCAAUCUCCCUCGGCCUGGGGCUCCAUGCAACAUCUCACCUCGUGGAGUUGCAAUGAUCAUGAGAACAGUGAGGAAUCAGCCCAGAACUACACGGGAGGAUCUUGUCAAUGAUCUCAAGGUAGCUGGGACCAUAGUCACCAAGAAAACAAUUGGUAACACACUAUGCCGUGAAUUGAAGGACUGAAAUCCUGCAGCGCCCGCAAGGUCCCCCUGCUCAAGAAAGCACAUAUACAGGCCCGUCUGAAGUUUGCCAAUGAACAUCUGAAUGAUUCAGAGGAGAACUGGGUGAAAGUGUUGUGGUCAGAUGAGACCAAAAUCGAGCUCUUUGGCAUCAACUCAACUCGCCGUGUUUGGAGGAGGAGGAAUGCUGCCUAUGACCCCAACACCAUCCCCACCGUCAAACAUGGAGGUGGAAACAUAAUGCUUUGGGGGUUUUUCUGCUAAGGGGACAGGACUAAGGGACGAUGGACGGAGCCAUGUACCGUCAAAUCUUGGGUGAGAACCUCCUUCCCUCAGCCAGGGCAUUGAAAAUGGGUCGUGGAUGGGUAUUCCAGCAUGACAAUGACCCAAAACACACGGUCAAGGCAACAAAGGAGUGACUCAAGAAGAAGCACAUUAAGGUCCUGGAGUGGCCUUGCCAGUCUCCAGACCUUAAUCCCAUAGAAAAUCUGUGGAGGGAGCUGAAGGUUCGAGUUGCCAAACGUCAGCCUCGAAACCUUAAUGACUUGGAGAAGAUCUGCAAAGAGGAGUGGGACAAAAUCCCUCCUGAGAUGUGUGCAAACCUGGUGGCCAACUACAAGAAACGUCUGACCUCUGUGAUUGCCAACAAGGGUUUUGCCGCCAAGUACUAAGUCAUGUUUUGCAGAGGGGUCAAAUACUUAUUUCCGUCAUUAAAAUGCAAAUCAAUUAAUAACAUUUUUGACAUGCGUUUUUCUGGAUUAUUUUGUUGUUAUUCUGUCUCUCACUGUUCAAAUAAACCUACCAUUAAAAUUAUAGACUGAUUAUGUCUUUGUCAGUGGGCAAACGUACAAAAUCAGCAGGGGAUCAAAUACUUUUUUCCCUCACUGUAUGAAGCAGCAUGAAGCAGUGGACAGUGGACGAGACUAACCUUUAUACCUAACACCAUGUAUUGUAUUCUACAGGGUAAAGAACAAGAGUCUGACAUGGAGAGUGAAGAACUCAUAACAAAAUUGUAGAAAAAACAUAUGUAUAUAUUUGGCUUUGGCUGUCAAAGAAAGCUUAUAUUGGAAAUAUAUAUUUGGUUACAUAGUGCCCCUUCACAUGCUGCUUGUUGUGGGGUUAACGAGACCAUUUUAUCAAUAGUAGUUUUCACAACUUCUUUGAACUACACAUUUAGGCCAUGGACUGGAUAAACUUCUUUAUUCUGCUAUAUUCAACUUGGGUUUAUUGUAGUUUAGGUGAAAUAAUAACAAACCAAGCACAAAUUGUUACAGCGCCUUCAGAAAGUAUUCACACCCCUUGACUUUUUCCACAUUUCGUUGCGUUACUGCCGGAAUUGAGAUUUGUUGUCACUGGCCUGCACACAAUACCCCAUAAUGUCGAAGUGGAAUUAUGUUUUUUGAAAUUUUUACACAUUUAUAAAACAUUUUAAGCAUACAUUUCUUGAGUCAAUAAGUAUUCAACCCCUCUGUUAUGGCAAGCCUAAAUAUACUGAACAAAAAUAUAAAUGCAACAAUUUCAAAGAUUUUUAUAAGUUAGAGUUCAUAUAAGGAAAUCAGUCAAUUGAAAUGAAUUCAUUUGGCCCUAAUCUAUGGAUUUCACGACUUGGAAUACAGAUAUGCCAUCUGUUGGUCACAGAUACCUUAAAAAAAAGGUAUUAUCGUGGAUCAGAAAACCAGUCAGUAUCUGGUGUGACCACCAUUUGCCUCAUGCAGCACGACACAUCUCCUUCGGAUAGAGUUGAUCAGGCUGUUUGUUGUGGCCUGUGGAAUGUUGUCCCACUCCUCUUCAACGGCUGUGCGAAGUUGCUGGAUAUUGGCGGGAACUGGAACACGCUGUUGUAUACGUCGAUCCAGAGCAUCCCAAACAUGCUCAAUGGUGAGUAUGUAGGCCAUGGAAGAAUCUUAAGCUUCCAGGAAUUUUGUACAGAUCCUUGCAACAUGGGGGCGUGCAUUAUCAUGCUGAAACAUGAGGUGAUGGCGGCGGAUGAAUGGGACGACAAUGGCCCUCAGAAUCUCGUCACGGUAUCUCUGCAUUCAAAUUGACAUCGAUAAAAUGCAAUUGUGUUCGUUGUCCGUAGCUUAUGCCUGCCCAUACCAUAACCCCACUGUCACCAUGUGUGUUCACUAAGUUGACAUAAGCAAACCGCUCGCCCACACGACGCAAUACACAUGGUUUGCGAUUGUGAGGCCGGUUGGACGUACUGCCAAAUUCUCUAAAAUGACGUUGGAAGCAGCUUAUGGUAAAGUAUAAACAUGUAAUUAUCUGGCAACAGCUCUGGUGGACAUUCCUGCAGUCAGCAUGCCAAUUGCACUCUCCCUCAAAACUUGAGACAUCUGUGGCAUUGUUGUUGUGUGACAAAACUGCACAUUUUAGAGUGGCCUUUUAUUGUCCCCAGCACAAGGUGCACCUGUGUAAUGAUCAUGCUGUUUAAUCAGCUUCUCGAUAUGCCACACCUGUCAGGUGGAUGGAUUAUCUUGGCAAAGGUAGAAAUGCUCACUAACAGGGAUGUAAAGUAAUUUGUGCAAAUAAUGUUAGAGAAAUAAGCUUUCUGUGUGUAUGGAAAAUGUCUGUUAUAUUUUAUUUCAGCUCAUGAAACAUGGGACACUUUUUAUAUGUUGCGUUUAUAUUUUUAUUCAGUGUAAAUUCAGGAGUACAAAUGUAGUUAAGUCACAUAAGUUGCAUGGACUCACUCUGUGUGCAAUAAGUGUUUAACAUGAUUUUUGAAUGACUACCUCAUCUCUGUACCCCACACAUACAAUUAUCUGUAAGGCCUCUCAGUCAAGCAGUGAAUUUCAAACACAGAUUCAACCACGAAGACCAGGGAGGUUUUCCAAUGCCUCGCAAAAGGGAACCUAUAUGUAUAAAAAUGUAAAAAGCAGACAUAUCCUUUUGAGCAUGGUGAAGUUAAUUACACUUUGGAUGGUGUAUCAAUACACCGUCACUACAAAGAUACAGGCGUCCUUCAUAACUCAGUUGCCGGAGAUGAAGGAAACUGCUCAGGGAUUUUACCAUGAGGCCAAUGGUGACUUUAAAAUAGUUUGAGUUUAAUGGCUGUGAUAAACUGAGGAUGGAGCAACAACAUUGUAGUUACUCACAAUACUAAUCUAACUGGAAGAGUGAAAAGAAGGAAGCCUGUAGAGAAUACAAAUAUUCCAAAACAUGCAUAAUUUUUGCAACAAGGCACUAAAGUAAUACUGCAAAAAAUGUGGCAAAGAAAUUAACUUUUUGUUUUGACUAGAAAGUGUUAUGUUUGGGGCUAAUCCAAUACAACACUGGGUAUACUUGUAAUCGUUAAGGACAAGAUAGAAAAAGAAACGGAAUGGAGCUAAGCACAGGCAAAAUCCUAGAGGAAACCUGGUUGUCUGCUUUCCACCAGACACUGAGAUUAAUUUACCUUUCAGCAGGACAAUAACCUAAAACCCAAGGCCAAAUCUACACUGGAGUUGCUUACCAAGACAGUGAAUGUUCCUGAGUGGCCGAAGUAGUUUACUUAAAUCUGCUUGAAAAUGUAUGGCAAGACCUGAAAAUGGUUGCCUAGCAAUGAUCAUCAACCAAUUUGACAGAGCUCGAAGAAUUUAGAAAAUAAAAUGGGCAAAUGUUGGACAAUCCAGGUGUGGAAAGAUCUAGAGACCUCCCAGAAAGACUCACAGCUGGAAUCGCUGCCAAAGGUGAUUCUAACAUAUCUAACCAAGAGAGUUUUUUUUUUUUUUUUUUGAACUGUUAGAAUUUUUCUUCCACUUUGACAGAGUAUUUUGUGUAGAUUGUUGACGAAAAAAUCUAUUGUAAUAACAAAAUGUGGAAAAAGUAAUGGGGUGUGAAUACUUUCUGAAGGCACAAAUUCUUUGAAACUGUAUGACAUUUCUUAGAAAUAAAAUGUAUGACAAACCAAGAAACAUGUUUUUUUCAAUCUUCUUAUUUAUUGGAUGUUACCGAAUAGAGAUACAGUUUGUGUAAAAGCUGCAUAACAUUGUGCUCCAAUUCUCAUUCAUGGUUACAUUUCCAAGACGAAAGAUACAAAGUAAUCAUAACAAUACACAAUCUAGUAUUCCACAAAAUACAAACAGGAUUUUUAGCAUACAAUAUAUUGCAAGAUUUUCAACAUGUUCCAAAAUAUGCAUGAGGGGACAACAUUAAUACUUUGGCCUCUUUGGCUUCUCCCUGAAAUAAAAAGGAAUAAAAUGAAUAUAGAGCAGUGUGAAUUUAACAUACAUUUACCAUCAUAAUUGACAAUCUGCCAUUUAUGUUUGAGAAUAUUUCAGGCAGCAUCUUGCAUGAUGCAGUAUUUCUGGAGUGGGGAGAUGAGGCAGUUGUACUUGAGAUGUUUUCCUCCUUUCUGAGUGUGAGCAGAAUGUAGAUCACCACUGUACAGCACAGUGAGCAGCUCUGACAGUCUGUCAGAUACCACCGCCAUCUUCCCAUCAUAUCCUGUCUGCUCUCAGUCCUCUCCCACUACCAUCCUACUGUCUGUCUGCUCUCAGUCCUCUCCCACUACCAUCCUACUUCUGUCUGCGCUCCAGUCCUCUCCCACUACCAUCUACUGUCUGUCUGCUCUCAGUCCUCUCCCACUACCACCCUACUGUCUGUCUGCUCAUCAGUCCUCUCCCACUACCAUCUAUCUGUCUGUCUGCUCUCAGUCCUCUCCCACUACCAUCCUUACGUCUGUCUGUCUCAGUCUCUCCAUUACAUUACUGUCUGUUGUCAGCCUCUACCAUACCAUCUACUGUCGUCUGGCUCAGUCCUCCAUACAUUUGUUGCCUCAGUCUCCCCUACCAUCUAUGUGUUGCUCCAUCCUCCCACUACAUCCUAUGUCUGUUGCUUCGGGUCCUCUCCCAUACCAUGUCUGUUGCUCAGUCUUCCACUACCAUCUACUGUCUGUCUGCUCUCAGUCCUCUCCCACUACCAUCCUACUGUCUGUCUGCUCUCAGUCCUCUCCCACUACCAUCCUACUGUCUGUCUGCUCUCAGUCCUCUCCCACUACCAUCCUACUGUCUGUCUGCUCUCAGUCCUCUCCCACUACCAUCCUACUGUCUGUCUGCUCUCAGUCCUCUCCCACUACCAUCCUACUGUCUGUCUGCGCUCAGUCCUCUCCCACUACCAUCCUACUGUCUGUCUGCUCUCAGUCCUCUCCCACUACCAUCCUACUGUCUGUCUGCUCUCAGUCCUCUCCCACUACCAUCCUACUGUCUGUCUGCUCUCAGUCCUCUCCCACUACCAUCCUACUGUCUGUCUGCGCUCAGUCCUCUCCCACUACCAUCCUACUGUCUGUCUGCUCUCAGUCCUCUCCCACUACCAUCCUACUGUCUGUCUGCUCUCAGUCCUCUCCCACUACCAUCCUACUGUCUGUCUGCCUCAGUCCUCUCCCACUACCAUCCUACUGUCUGUCUGCGCUCAGUCCUCUCCACUACCAUCCUACUACUGUCUGCGCUCAGUCCUCUCCCACUACCAUCCUACUGUCUGUCUGCUCUCAGUCCUCUCCCACUACCAUCCUACUCUGUCUGCGCUCAGUCAUGUACACUAACUGUAGGAUGUAA